AGUUUACCAAGUUUAGUUUCACUUCAAUUGAUGAAAAAUAGGCUGAACAUUUUGUCAAGAAGAACAUUCCCGCCAGAAAUUAAACUGAAAGAAUUAACCUUGACAGGUAAUCAAUGGAUUUGUGAUUGUAGACUUUUGUGGCUGAGAGACUUGAUGGUGAAUCAAAGUAUAUCAUCCCGAUCGCCAGUUUUGGGUUGCUCAACUCCUGACAGAAUCAGCGGGAAGUUGUUGCACAAACUAAAACCAGAAGAUCUCCUUAAGUGGCCAGACGAUUGCCCAGAUCCUUGUAAGUGCACAUGUGUUUCUGAAGAUGUAGAGUUCCAUAUUAAAGUAGAUUGCACUGGACGUGGCUUAUUCAAGGUUCCAAUCAAGUUUCCCAGUCGUACGGGAGAAUUGAAUCUGCAAAGUAAUAUGUUAACAAAUCCACUGAAGUUUGAUUCGAAUUCCCUGGCUAGAUUAAAACUUUUGAAUCUCGAAAGCAACUUCAUUGAAAAAUUAGACUUUAAUUUACCUGAGAAUAUUACCACAUUGAAAUUGGCUGCCAACAACUUGACUCGUUUCUUCGACACUGAUCCACCAGAGAGUAUCAAAAGCUGGACUUUGUCGGAAAAUCCGUGGACAUGUGACUGCGAAACAGUGCCGUUCAAAAAUUGGCUGAUGUCGCAGGGUAACAAUGUGCUGGAUGUAAACUCUACUCGAUGCAGUGCAGAUGCAGAAGACGAAGAUUUGAGAUCUCAGGUUAUCGUAUUUCUGCUAGAAUCACAACUGUGCCCGACCCCAAUAAGCACCUACAUUUUGAUAUCUGUUGCGAUUCUCUUGUUUCUUGUUGCCUGCACAUCAUCCAGACUUUUAUACUCCAAGUAUCAUUACCACAUGAAAGUGUGGCUUUAUUCCAGAGGUUUGACGUUGCUAAAGAAAGCUGAAAUCCAGGACAUUGGUAAACUACAUGACAUUUACAUUUCUGUAGCAAAUGGUGACUUGUAUUUCGUUGAGAGAUAUUUAAUUCCAGAGUUGGAAGAAAAAGAACCAUAUUAUUCACUGUACAUUCCAAGCAGAGAUAUGCUAGCUGGAGAUUUAGAGAUUAGAAAGCAAAUAGAGGAAGUAAAUAACAGUAAAAGGAUUAUCAUACUGCUGUCACAGCACUACAUUGAAGACCAGAAAUGCAUGAAAGUUUUCAAAUUUGCUUUUGCGUCUUCUUUAGAAGAAAAAUUCUGCCGUCUUAUCUUGAUUGUCAUUGGAGAUCUCCCGCCACUGUCGGAAGUUGACCAGAUACUUCGCACAGCGAUCGAGUCAACGAAAUGUUUACGACUGGAGCAGAAACUGUUUUGGGAAAUGCUUAGAUUCGCUUUGCCACGGAAAGAUAAAAGAGAAAACAAAAGUGGAAGUUAUUUAUUGCAUGAUUUUCCAGCAUUGCAAAU